CGGGGAAACGCCGUGGCUGGGCUGCCCAGUAUGGUGGCUGCUUGCGCAGGCGGCCUGCGACGGUAGCGCGGUGGGCCUCGACCUUGGUGGGCCAUGGCGGCGUCGGCGGAGAGCGGCAAGGGCUUAGGAAGCUCCUCCGAGGCGCCGGCGAUGGAAAGCAGCGGCGCGGCGAUGGUGCUCCCGGGGUUUAGAGACGCCGAUUCCUUCGUGAAGCAUGCCCUCGGCACGGUGGUCUCAGCUACCAAGGCUUCGUCUGGCCUCCCUCAACCCGGAGAUGAGUACGAUUUCUACCGCAGCUUCCCGGGGUUCCAGGCCUACUGCGAAAUGCAAGGAGAAAGGCUGCUCCAGUGCAUGAGUAAAGUGAUGCAGUACCACGGGUGCCGAAGCCACCUUCAAGACCACAGCAAGGUCACAGAGCUGGAGGACAAAUUUGAUCUGCUGGUUGACGCCAACGAUGUCAUCUUAGAACGAGUGGGCAUGUUAUUGGACGAAGCGGCCGGAGUAAACAAGAACCAGCAGCCGGUCCUCCCCGUAGGCCUGCAGCCUCCCAAGACAAUAAUCUCUAGCUGGAAUCGCAAGCAAAACCGGGACACCAGCACGAAGUCGAAUCCGGAGACGUUCCGCCUUCUCCACGCGAAGAACAUCGUCCGUCCUCAGCUCAAGUUCCGUGAGAAGGUGGACAAUUCCAACACCCCGUUCGUGCCCAAACUCUUCGUCAAGCCCAAUGCUCUGAGGCCCUUGCCCAAAGCACUCCUGAAAAGCCGCCAAGAGCGGCAGGAACGUCCGGAAGAUCUGGAUGUCCCAGCUGCCCUGGCUGACUUCCUCCACCAGCAGAGAACCCAGCAGACGGAGCAGGACAUGUUUGCUCAUCCGUAUCGAUAUGAACUGGAACAUUUUUCAGUGCCUGCAGAAUUUCUCGAAAAGCCUCAGGUCCAGAUGUUCAGACCAUUGGCGGAGACUCCCUGCCACUUCAUUUCCACCUUGGAGGAGUUGGUGGACCUGAACGAGAAGCUGGUGGGCUGCAAAGAGUUCGCUUUGGAUUUGGAGCACCAUUCCUAUCGGACUUUCUUGGGGUUGACUUGCCUGAUGCAAAUUUCUACCCGCACGGAAGACUUCAUCAUUGACCCGUUAGAGCUACGCAGCGACUUGUACAUCUUGAACGAAACUUUCACCGACCCUGCCAUUGUCAAGGUCCUUCACGGUGCCGAUUCGGAUGUGGAAUGGCUUCAGAGGGACUUUGGCCUCUACCUGGUGAACGUCUUCGACACCCACCAGGCGGCUCGGCUGCUCAACCUCGGACGCCACUCUCUGCACCAUCUGCUGAAGCUCUAUUGCGACGUAGAUGCCAAGAAGCAGUAUCAGCUGGCGGAUUGGAGGAUCCGUCCUCUGCCGGAGGAAAUGGUCUUCUACGCCCGCGAGGACACCCACUACUUGCUCUAUAUCUACGACAGAGUGAGAGAGGCACUCUGGGAAAUGGCCAACGAGCAGCCCACUCAGCUCCAAGUGGUUUGUCAGCGAAGCCGGGACAUCUGCUUAAAGAAAUAUACCAAGCCCAUCUUCACGGAAGAUUCGUACCUGGAACUUUAUCGCAAGCAAAAAAAGCACCUGAACACCCAGCAACUCACAGCUUUUCGGCUGCUCUUCGCCUGGAGGGACAAGAUGGCGCGCCAAGAGGAUGAGAGCACAGGAUACAUCCUUCCCAAUCACAUGUUGUUAAAAAUAGCCGAGGAGCUGCCCAAAGAACCCCAAGGAAUCGUUGCCUGCUGUAACCCAGUUCCACCUCUGGUCCGCCAGCAGCUGAACGAAAUGCAUCUCCUAAUAUGCCAGGCUCGAGAAAUGCCACUGUUAAAGUCAGAAUUUGCGGUUGGCGUGAGAAGGAAAGAGCCACUUCAGAAUUUAGAGAAGCCAGAAAACCUUUUGUUCGGGCCUCAUGACAGCUCCCACAGCGCCCAGGACGAGAAACUCAACUAUUUGGAUCAAGACCCUGGACUGCCUUUGGAGCAUUCAAGUCUCUUUUCUGAAGUGGAGCCUCAAUCGGAGCAGACGGGCGGGUCCCCGUUGUGUCUCCGGUUAAGAGCUAGCAUCAGUAUUUUUAACGAGCCCGAAGAGGACGAAAAAGGCAAGAAGUUAACCGUGGCCCAGCAGAAAGCUCAGCAUAUCAUGGAGUCCUUCGAGAACCCGUUUCGAAUGUAUUUGCCAGCAGAGCUCAACCCGGUUCACAUCUCUCAGGCUGCCAAGUCGGACCCGUCCUCAAAAAUCUACGAAAUCAGUAACCGAUGGAAGCUCCUCAGCCAGGCCCAGCUCCAGGCGAGAGCCAAGAAAGAACCUGCAAAGCAGAAACUUCACGCAGCCUCCACUCCCCAGGCAGCCCCGAAGGGCGCAGAGAAGGAACCCAGGAUCAAAGACACGGAGGAGGCCGUCUCUGUUCGCCAGUUAGCCGCGCAAGAACACGCCAUCCCAAAGCGGGAGGCAGAAGAGCAGAAUCCUGCGACGGAGACCCCCAAGAGGAAAAAGGCCAAACCUGAAACUCCCCAGCCUGAAGCCGACGCUGCCGCCAGCCACUUCACGCCCUUUGACUACAGCAAAUCUGAUUUCCGAGUCUUCGCCGGGAGCAGCAAAUCCAAACCGCCACGGCAAUUUAAUCCCACCAUCCAGGCCUCUGGCAACAAGAAAUUUUCAGGAGCCAACAAAUCACAGCAGCCAGCAGGAACAAAAAGCAUGUCUUUCACAGCUGGAAAAUCCAACAGGGGUUUUCGGCACAACUGGCCAAAAAGAUAACACCAGAUCAUGGAAGUUCUUGGAAGACGCGAGAAUCGAGAAAAAAAGUCCUGCCAUUUUUUUUUUACUUUUUUUUUUGUAUGGGAUAACUUGUUUUCGACGUGUUGGGUUUUUUUUUUUUAA